UUACAUUUUCGUGUUUUAUCCAUUAUUUGAAACAUAAAUAUAUACAUAUGUAUAUAUGGUUAUGGUCCGUGUGUGCUUCAAUAUGAGGGAAUUUUAUAAGAUUCUAAAUACCAUAGUCCUACUGACAAUUGUGAAUGUAAUUAGCACCUUUGCUGAUGAUUUCAAUCAACAACCACAAAUACACUCAUAUAAUGGAGAAUUAAUAAUUCGUUCUGUGCCAUUUCGAAAUGUAACAUUUCGCGUCAAAGGUGAGGGAGGAAUCUUUGUUAACUCAGUGAAUGUACUCAAUGCUGUGAAAAAGAAAAAUAUGCAAUUACGUCCGGUUCACCAGGAAGAAGUGCUGACUUCACAAAGUCUGCAAGCGCUAUUGGAAACUUUCAAGGAUGAUUUGCAUACUCUGGGUGCACGAUUCGCCAUUUUACAAAAUCGGACUAGGAGUGGACAGACGUUAAAUAUACGUCGCAGUUUGGGGCGGAUACGGCGAUCACUCAGCCGAGCAACGCAAAUCGAAAACAAUCUGAUGAUAAAUGAGUGUCAGGAAGUAGGCGGAAAUGGUACUCGUUGCAAGAAUAGUGGUAUCUGUCAUGACGGCUAUAAAGAUUUUCACUGUGAAUGUGUAAACGGAUGGACGGGAAAAACCUGUGAAGAAGAUGUAGACGAAUGUUAUAUAUUAACAGGCACAGAUUUGGGAUGCCAAAAUAAUGGAGACUGUAUUAAUACUCUCGGAAGUUACAGCUGCUCCUGUCGUAACGGAUUUUAUGGCUCUCACUGCCGAAUGCGUAAAGCCAUUUGCGAGGAGGAGGGAAAUAGAGAGUUGUGUGUCCAUGGAACCUGCGUCCAUGCAAAUAAUGAUGCCGGAUACACUUGCAUUUGCGAUCAAGGAUGGACUAAAAAUCAAGUAGUUCCAGAAGCGGCAUGCAACAUUGAUAUAAACGAGUGUGAUGAAGCUACUAAGCCCUGCCACAGUGAAUGCAUCAACUUGCCGGGCAGCUUUAAAUGUAAUCCAUGCCCCACUGGUUAUACUGGCAAUGGAAUUUUUUGCUCGGACAUUGAUGAAUGCGCCACUAAUAACGGUGGCUGCAGCACACAACCCAAAGUCUCAUGUAUUAACACCGAGGGAUCAUAUCAUUGCGGCAGCUGCCCCACCGGCUGGGAAGGUGAUGGAAAAAUUUGUGAGAGCACUGCUCCAGAAAGUUGCGAAUCAAAGAAUAUAUGUUACUUCAAAGCGAAAUGCGAUUAUAUAUCAAACACAGUUGUGUGCUCCUGCCCGCCCGAUAUGUACGGUCAUGGUUUUGGUGUCGACGGUUGCAGUGUGCUGCCAUCAGCACACCCUUGUACAAAUCAUACUUGUCAGAAUAACGCUACAUGUGAAAUGUUGGGAAGAGGUACUCGUUGCAUUUGCACACGUGGGUUUAUGGGUCCCACUUGUGACCAAGCUGAUGCCUGCCACUCCAAGCCGUGCCUCAAUGGUGGUACUUGUACUCUUCUAACAAGCAAUAAAUAUCGAUGUGCAUGCCCUCGCGGGACAACUGGUUCAAACUGCGAAAUCGUUCGAGAUAUUUGUGGAUCCAUCAUACGGGAUCGCUCAGGUUCUUUGUCAUAUCCUCCGGAUGGCGGUAAUUAUUUGCCGAACGAACGAUGUGCAUGGAUCAUUCGCACUGCUGAUACGCUUAUUUUGAAUAUAACCUUUGCUAAGUUUGAUUUGGAAGCAGCAGCUGACUGCAACAAAGAUUGGCUUCAGCUGCAUGAUGGUCGCUCGUUGGCUUCUCGGUUAAUUGGUCGCUUUUGUGGUAAUUCUUUGCCGCUGGGCGGAAAUAUACAGACAUCGCAAAAUGCUGUAUUUUUCUGGUUUCGUUCAGACAAUGAGACAAAUGGUGGAGGAGUUAAUAUAACCUGGAAUUCGAUGGAGUAUAUUUGUGGAGAAGUUUUAUAUUUAAACGCUGAGUCAAAUGGUAUAAUACGAUCUCCAGGUUAUCCAGGAAAAACACCACCAAAUCGGGAAUGUGAAUGGCGUUUGAUUGCUCCUUUCGGUCAGCGAUUUUUGUUACGAUUUUUCGAAAUUAACUUGGGAAGUACAAGAGCCAAUAACUGUACUCGCGAUACAUUACGGAUAUAUGAUUCUGAUCUCGUAUUAAAAUCAGUUUGUGAACCUUCAUUGAUCGAGCCGUUACAUUCUUCUUCAAACAUCAUACGCUUACGUCUCCACACAGAUGAUUUCGGGACAGAUAGCUCAUUUCAAUUACAUUAUGAAGUUGUGCCGAGUGCACCAAAUUGUGGGGGUGUCUUUACAGAACCAUCUGGAAUCAUUACUGGCUACAUUAACGGGCGCAUCUGCUCGUAUGUUAUACGUCAACCAAUCGAUACCAAAAUUAAGCUGGAGUUUACAGAACUCGAAUUACUUAAAUCGGAAAGUUGUUUUUUACAAAAAGUCGAAGUUUUUGAUGGAGCUUCUGAUGAAAGCAAUCUUUUAAUUCGUCUUUGUGGCAAUCAAAGGGAGCUCGAACCCAUAAUUUCCAGCAGCAACGUUAUUCUUAUGCGCUACGAAUAUGUUCUGCCAUCAUUUAGGCUGCCCAAAAAGUUUGAAGUGAAAUAUUCAAGAGUUUGCGGCGGGGAGUUUAUAAAUACUGAUGAUGGAGUUUUCACAACACCAAACUAUCCCAAUUCAUAUUUUGAACAUAUGGAAUGCGCCUUCACCAUACGCGGCCCAGUGAACUCCGUUGUACACAUAAAUUUUACUGAUUUUUCAAUUAGCUCAAAUAAGGCACAUUCUGAGUUAGGAAGCAUUUCUCCAUCCCCAUUGAAUGAUAGUACAACCUUGAGUGAUGACCGCACUUUUGUUGAUGUUUAUUUAUCGAAGAAUAAUAAACGCCGUUAUUAUGAAGCCACAUUCCUCCACUUGGUAUCAGAGAAAAAUGUGAUGGAUGUCGUAUUUCAUGGUGGCACCAAUAAACAAAACGGUCGUGGAAUACGAGUUGAAUACCAUUUUGAAGAAAUCAAGUGUGGAGGUGUUUUAACGGAAGAAAAGGGUAACUUUUCUCACGCAGCUGUAACGGAACAGAAUUGUGAAUGGGUUAUCGAAGCCCCAAAGGGAAGACACAUUCAAUUGGAGUUACGCUUAUGGUCUAUUGUCGAACGUAAUUCAGGAGAUGUGGUCGUGGACAUAUAUACCAAUGACACCUCUGCUGAAGGGAAGCUUUUGAUGAGCCUUUCUGGUAAAAUGAAAGAAAUCAAUGAAAUCUUGCAUGUAAACACUGUGACAAUAAUCUUACAUAUUAAGCGGAAUCUUAAUAGUAUAUUGGAAAUGAAUGCUAAUUAUAAACUAGUGGAUGACAGAGAAGCUUGUGGCGGAAAUUUUACUGCACGUUAUGGAGUUAUCAAAACUCCUUCCUGGCCAAGACCCUACGAGGACUCAAUGGAUUGUGAAUGGAUAAUUAGCGCUCCUAUUGGCCACAAAAUUGAACUGUCUAUACAAAAUUUCAGUGUCGAAACUACUUCCAAAAAUUGCAACGAUGACUAUCUAGAAAUCAGAAAUGGUAAAAGUAGCACAUCCCCUUUGAUUGGUAAAUAUUGUGGCAGCAGUAUUCCAGUACGCAUACCAUCCUUUACAAAUUACCUUUAUCUACACUUCGUUUCCGACUCGUACAUCUCCGACACUGGAUUUUAUAUUACAUGGCAACAGACGGAGACGGGUUGUGGUGGUAAACUCAACUCGUACAAGGGUUCAAUACAUUCUCCCCACAACGUUUAUGUUAAUACUGGAACAGUCUCUUGUGAUUGGCAAAUAACAGUUUCGAGAGGAUCCACAAUUAUGAUAUAUAUUACGAGCUUCGGAGAUGACUCCGUCUUAUGCAAGCAAAAUUUACUAACAGCAUACGACGGACUAAGUGUUAAUAGUCCACGAAUUAUAUUCGCAUGCGGGAACAAGGGAAAUGCUCUUCAAUUGAAAACUUCGUCAAAUCAGGCUUUAAUAAUUUAUAAUUUUGCUGACAGUGACGUUGAAGAUGGCUUGCAGUUCUUCAUCGAGUAUGAGACCAACUGUAAUGUCGAGCUUGACAACUUAAACGGUGUAAUUGAGUCACCUAAUUUUCCUGAUAUUUAUCCACCAAAUCUUAACUGCUUUUGGGACAUACAAAGUGGAAAAAACAAUAAAUUUCAACUGAUGUUUUCGCAUUUAGACAUUGAAAUUCGGGAUGAGUCAUGCGAUUUCGAUUAUAUAAUUUUUUUUGAUUUACACAACGACGAUGUGCUCUCCAAACAGUAUUUAUGUUCAAAUCCUCGCAAAGCUAUAACCACAGAAGGAAAUCGAUUCCAAAUAAGAUUUGUUACUGAUUACUCUGAGCCAGCGAAGGGUUUCAGGCUCGAAUAUAAGAGGAUUGGCUGUGGGGAAUAUUUGUCGGAAAAUUAUGGAAUUAUAAAAUCUCCUCACGCUCCUUACAGCACCGGAAUUAGCUGCGAUUGGUACAUCGAGGUUGCAGCAGGGAAAAAAAUUGUUCUCAACUUUGAUGAAAUCCAUAUCGAAACUGAACGGGAUGACUGCAGUGAUGAUGGUAUUAUUGUUUCAGAGGAAAAAAAUUCUACUAAUAUGCUCUUAAAGGAAUGCCGGAUAGAUCAAGGGCCGGUAACAAUAACAUCACAAGCAAAUCAUUUAUAUAUUCAUUUUUACACAAGCAGCAUUCGAACAAAGAAGUAUAUUUCGGCAAGUUAUACUGCGCGAGACUCAUCUUGUGGUGGUAUUUUCCAGGGCAAUAACGGGCAAAUAACCUACCCGACCCCAGGUGGUUUGUCUGGUAUCACUAAAGAAUGUGUAUGGCUGAUCACAGUUGAGAAUAGUUACGGAAUAAAUCUUAUUUUCGAUCAUUUUAAUAUUAGCUGUAAUGAUACAUUUUUGGGUUUAUGGAAAGUAGAUGUUAGUUCGGAAGCACUUUUAGAAAAAACUUGUGGAGAUACAGUGCCCGCAAGUAGAUUGAUUCAAAGCAAUCGAAUGAAGGUUGUGUACAAAGUGAACGCAAGUGGGUCGGCACAAUUUUCAUUUAAAUUCAAAAAGGCAUGCGGAGGACAUCUGACUGACUCUUUUGGUUACAUAAAAUCUCGUUUGGACGAAAAAUGCGAGUGGAAAAUUGAAUCCGAAGGCACAUACAUUUUUCUAGAUAUAUUGCAUUUGGAAUGCGACUGCUCCAAACAGGAAAAUUGCACAAAUGGCUUGAGAUUGAUAGAUGGAAAUGGCAAAAACGAAUUGAAUAAAUUUUGCGAUAGUCACCAAUCCAAUAUAGCUCUGUCAACAAAUGCUCUGGACAUAUACGCCUCGAAGAUAGAAUUCAAAGCCAAAUAUAGUAUAGUACAAAGUUCAUGCGGAGGCGUACUCACCUCAUUAAGAGGCAUACUGACUUCUCCUUUCUAUCCGCAAUCUUAUCCAUCUAAUGUAGAAUGUAUGUGGGAGAUUAAAGCUGCGGCUGGCAACCAUGUUGAGCUGAUGGUUGAAUCAUUAGAUAUAAUGAAUUCAGAGAACUGCAACCAAGACUUUUUAGAAAUACGUCAGUCCAAUGAACGUGGCCAGAUUAUUCGAUUAUAUUGCUCAAAUGAAACAGUGACGGAGAAAAUAGUUUUGUUUGAAAAUGCAUGGAUCAAGUUUCGAAGUGUUGAAGGAAGUACAGGAAAUGGUUUUAAGCUAGCCUGGAAUUAUGCACACAACAAUGAGCUGCAUAGUACUGCAGGUUCGAUCGAGUCGCCGCCUUUGAAUUCAAUUUUCAAUCAAGAAACAUACACAUGGAGGAUUUUAUUGCCCAGAGGAAAUUUUAUUUCUCUCAAUUUCAAGGAAUAUAAUAGAGGCUUGAAAUUAUAUGAUGGCUUUGAUGACUUAGCUUUGGAAAUACCCAUUCCGGAUUCUCCUUGGCAAUACACAUCUAGUAGCAAUGUUUUAUAUUUGGUUAGUAUUAAUAAUGAAUUGGACGCUUUUAAAAUCGGUUGGAAAACUGUUAGCAACAGUGGUGCGCAAACUAAUCUAUCCAGAAAUGAUUGCAAUAGGACAUUCGUAAUAAAUUAUAGCAAUCGCUUAAAUAUUUCCUCGCCCGGCUAUCCGAAUGGUUAUGCUCACAAUUUGGACUGUGAAUGGAUAAUAAAACCGGAAGACUCUACCGAACACAUUGUGCUGAACUUAUACGAGGUCAAGCUUGAGACAUACGGCGAGUCAGAUUAUUUGCAGAUCUUAACAUCCACUAAUUUGAUAGACUGGCAUAAAGAACUGGAUAUUUCUGACAGCAAUGAUAUCUCUAUUAUUCCGAUUAAAGUUAUACAAGGAACACCAUAUUUGAAACUUGUGCUUCAUACAGAUUUCAGCUUCAAUCGCACCGGUUUCACAUCGUUAGCAAAGACUGCUUGCGGAUCGAAUAUGACCGCUCUAGCAGGGCAAAUAUUAGGAACAAAUGUUAUGCGCUCGUUGAAUCCCAAUUCAUAUUGCAUAUGGCAUAUUGAAGUCCCGACCGGAAGGAAGAUUGCUCUUCGUUUAGAUUUUGGGAAAAAUAUUGUGCCUAUAGCCAAAACUUGCCGCCAAUAUGCAAUAGUGUAUGACGGUUUUGAUGACAAUGCACCGAUAUUACCCCCUGGACACAUAUGCAACCAAGAAGGUCGAAAUGUCAAAAAUUUGGAAUCGUCGACCAACCGUUUAACAAUUAAAUACAACCUCAACUGGACUAAUCCUUUUGAAAAAGAUUUGGAUUUUAACAUGACAUAUCAAGCAAUUGCAGAGUGUGAUACCGAAAUACAGCUGACACAUUACCUUAGUUCAAUUAACAUAAGCUCACCUAACUAUCCCAACGUUCCCAACCCACACACUGAGUGCAAUUGGAUUAUAAUUGGUCCUGUGGGCGAAACACUGCAAGUUGAAUUUUUAGGGCACUUCAGCUUUAAUACCCGAUAUUGCAAAAAGGAAUUCAUCGAAAUAUUUGAUGGCUCCACCGAAUUGGCACGUAGUUUUGGACGUUUCUGUACAAAGCCGAAUACAAUUCGAUCGACAGGAAACAUUCUUCGACUACAUUAUUUGACCGAUUUAAACGAGCCACGGAAUGGAUUUCAAGCUAAUGUAUCGAUUGCCAACUGUGGUGGCACUUAUGCAGACUUAGUUGGCGAAAUCACAUCAAAUGGGUACCCAGAGAUAGGCGCUUAUCCAAAACCAGCCGUUUGUGAUUAUACAAUUAAAAUGCCCACCAGAUCUCGAAUGCGUUUGAAUUUUAGUGAUCUGGAUUUAGCUUACGAAAGAAGUAACAUAAAUCGAUCUGAUCGUAUUGAAAUUGUUACACUUAGCGAGAACCCUGAAACAGUAACAGUUUUAUAUGGGAACUCUACGAUUAUGCCAGUUCUAGAUAUUGAUACAAAUGCAGUCACGCUACGCUUUGUAACAUUCCCUGGAAGCUAUUUGCACCGAGGAUUUAAGUUAAGAUUUCAGCGUUUAUAUGGCCUUUGUUACCGUGAAGUUGACAAUGAUUCAGGUAUACUGUCAUUGAGCACGCUGGAUCAGGAACCCAUUUAUGUAUCCUGCAGAUGGAAAAUCAAAGUUCCUAAAGGCCAACGAGUAACAUUCGAGUUUCAAAAAUUCGAAGCCCAAAGUGUCGUCAAUAAUACAGAACGUUUUAUAUUGCAAACUUCUCUCCAUCGAAAUGCGCUGAUACAAAAAAUUUCAUUUUACAAUGAUCCCGAUAUGCUUUCGAAAAUUACCGAGGUCGAUAUAAACAAUUUUAACUUGUCUCAGCAAAUAGUGUCUUCUGACAACUUUAUGUAUGUACGCUUCGAUAUUCAUCGCCGCUUGUCGUCAAUACGCAUACUUCAGGCACGCUAUAGUUCGAACGAGGAGUCUCCCUGUCCACCCGAUAUCAACAAACAAAUUUCUGGAUCACUCGACACAAACAGAUUACCCUGGAAUACCAACUUCUUUUGUACCUCACGAUUCAUAUUAAGUGGAUUUGAAACCAUAACUUUUAAGAUCGGAGAGAUUGUGGUUUACAGAAAUAAUCCAUUUCACAAUCCAUAUGCCAUUCGUUUCCAAGAUGAAAGUUUACUUAUGCCAUAUAAAAUGAUAUUUACAAAUAUCACUGAUAUAGAGGUGUCGCUAUCAUCCAAAGGUGGCAUGCUCAAUAUGCUGCAAAAUGAUGAUAUUAAAAUUAGUCGGUUUUCAGUAGAGUUUCAUCGUCAUCCCUGUGGAGGAAGCUUCAACGUAGCUAAAGAUUUCAAAAUUAUAUUUCCUCCAGAAAAUGUUGUACAUAAUGGUGAUGAACAUCAUAUAGAAUGUGCGUGGACGAUUAGAGGAGCCUCUGAAAGGCGACCAUAUAAGCUGCUUGGUAAUAUCAGCUUAAUUGAUGACUGCAGUAAAGAAUUUAUUAGCAUAUAUUCUGGUAUGACUCCGGAGCUUCCACAAAUUGCAAAAAUUUGUCAUAACUCAACAGAGCUUAUUUCUGGUAUCAAUUUAAAAAAGCAUUUAACGACUAUAUUAUAUCACUCCGAAGAACCUAGAGCAAGUACAUCAUUCCAGAUAACUGCUAAAGCGUCUAUUACUUGUGGCAGUAAAACGAUGGUUGUAAUUAGCCCUCCACCAGUUUCAGUGGAUUCUAAAACAUAUAAAAACAAUAUGGAAUGCAGCUGGGAGUUCGAAACAAGUCAUGGACUCUACUUGAUUGUAAAUUUCUUAGGUAGAUUUUUUAUAGAGAAAUCCGAAAACUGUUCUAAGGACUACCUGGAAAUAUAUUUUUAUGAAAAUAACAUUUGGAAUCCAAAAGAACGUUUUUGCGGUCGAGAAGUUCCGAGCACGUACAAUGCCACGUCACAUCGUAUAUUAAUAGUGUUUCGCACAGACAAUACAACAACAGGUGAUGGCUUCACUUUUCGAGUAUCAUCAGCUUGCAUCACCACUUUCCAUGUUACCAAUCAAUUGCAGGUAGUACGAACUCCUGAUGCGGAAAGCACGCCGUAUUCCAGGUUUCAGUGUUCAUAUACCUUCGUAUCAAACUCAGAUAAGGCAAUUAGGUUGCAAAUAAAGAAUAGUGGAUAUACACAUGUCCGUAGGCCAAUCUUUAAGAACAGGUCAUGCCCAUUGGGAUUUAUAGCCUAUAAGAAAGACGAAGAAGGAAACGAAAUUAAAGCAGGCGAAUAUUGCGAAGCAACAGAAAUACUCGAGUACCGUUAUUUGCGUUUAACCAUUAUCACGGUCUACGAAGCCUUUCAAAUAGCAUAUCAAUUAAAUUCUUGUGGCGGAAAUAUCUCCCAAUCGACAGUGAUUCGUUCUCUGUCCGCUACGAACGUGGAAAGUGGUAACGACUAUUUAUAUGCGGACAAUAUGAACUGCAUAUGGAAUAUAAUGGCACCGUCGGAUCAUUCCAUAUUAGUAAGGUUUAAAUAUUUCGAUAUGGAGAAAAAUGAAAAAUGCUCACUUGAUUUCGUGACAAUUUACUUACCGAGGACAGAGAAUGAGCUUAUUAAAUUAUGUGGUAAUUUAAGCGCAAAUCCGCCACUGGUUUUAGUGGACGGCAGCCAAGCCGUUAUUGCGGCUGUAUCUGAUAAUAGUUAUGCGAAAAAGGGCUUUCAAGCUGAUAUUUUAUUUGUUCGCAACUGUAAUGAACGCAUUGCAUUGACUAACGAUGACUCAGUUGCACAGCAACUUAUAAUGAUUCGGAAUUACACAGUGAACUCAACUGAGGAAUUGCAUUGCCAAAUCCGUGUAACAGCUCCGGAGAGUUAUCGUGUCAAAAUUCAAAUAAGAAAUCUGGAUAUUAAUCAAGCACGAUGUCCAGAUGAAAGAUGUGCACAGUGCAACUAUUUAGAGGUAAUAGAAGGGGCGGACAAGAGUGACACCACCUUGUCCAUGGGCAAAUUUUGCACAAAUAAUGAAACGAAAAGAAAGUUAAUAACGUCCAAUGAACAUGCACUGCUACAAUUUAGCUUUACAAGACAAGGGAAUUACACCCCUGAAAUUGUUCUAGAAAUCGAAAAAUCCGUUUGUGGCAGACGAAACGAACUAGAACUUCAAAGCGAGAAGGUCAUAACGAUCCAAUUUCCACCUGAAGGCGCAGUAUAUCCUCCUAAUGCUCAUUGCAAAUGGCGCAUAAAAUCGGAAACACACUUUCAAAUUCAUUUCGAAUACAUGCUUUUACAAAAGCCAUCUGCAGAGACGGGUCAGUGUGUUGAUUAUCUGCGGAUAGCACAUGAUAAGAGAACAGACAAUUAUUGUGGUAAUUCCACAGGAUUUACCAAAUACAUAACUAAACCUAGAGGACAUCGGGACGAUUAUACCGAUUUGACUUUUCACAGUGAUGACUCCGUCGAGGACAAAGGCUUCAAGAUAACAGUUUCAACUCAACAGCCUUGUAAUCGCACACAUACGAGGCUCAGUGAGUUUAUUGACUUCAAGCCGCAAAAAACUUCCAAUCAAACGUGUGUCGCAGAUAUUAAAGUGCCCGAUAAUUACACAAUCAACUUGUAUGUUCGCAUGUUCACGUCAGAAUAUGUGGAGUGGAAUUGCUCUAAUCCAAAUUUCCAAAUAAACGAUACUACAAUUAACAAAAAUCUGAGGUCGCACUGCAUCUCGUAUUUCUACGAAGAUCAUAUUCACACAAACAUAAGCGCAGCGCAUAUAUAUACCAGAUCGCUUGAUAAUUUCCAAAUGUUUUACUUUGCUAGCCACAGGUCUUCAGAGCCAGGAUGUGGCGGUGAGAUAUAUACAAUCCAAGGCGUUAUUUCGAGUCCCUCCUACGAGCAUCGGAAUUUUUCAGAAUGUCGUUGGGAUAUUUCAGUGCCAGAACCAAAUCGCAUAGAAGUAGUUUUCACAACUUUUGAUAUGGGUUCGAAGGUGAAUUGUGACUUAGACUACGUGAGCAUCAUAGAAAUCUCGCCGUCUGGAGAAGAGAAAGUAACAAAAAAUGUUUGCGCAGACCAAUCCAUUGAUGAAUUCAUCUCGAAAACCAGCAGAGUUGCUAUUGUUUCCAAAAAAUCGCCUAACUUUAAUGGAAAUGGUUGGAGAUUAAAGUUUCAACAAUUCUACUGAUAAAGACAUUGGUGGAAAAAUAUUGUGAGAUAAGAACAUAUUCUUAGAGAUAUUUAUGAAAUAUUUAAUUCAAAUAAACUUUAUAAAAAAUAUAUGCAAGAACAACAAAAUAUAUAUGAAUAAUAUUUAGAUGCAC